AAUUCGAACUCGCCAAACUUGGAUCAGCAAUGGCGGAAAUUUCUGAUUCUCCAUCAACUUCAAAACCCGUAGAAGAAAACACACAAACCCUAACGCUACAAAUCGACUCCAAAACCACGCGAAACACGAAACCUGGAGUCAAACGCCUCAUUAUAUGUGUCUCAGUGCUCUUCUCAUUCAUUCUAGGUUUUCCUCUUCUGUGGAAAUCCAUUGAAAUCUACCGCGCACCCCUCCCUUUCGAUCGAAUCGACUCCUUCUCGUCGCAAGUCGAAUCGAAUCCCCUGUCAUUCCCAUGCAGCUUUCAAGCUGUUUUCAUCGGUUUCGAUUUCAAGGCUUCGCACCGCGAGGUGGGAGCGGCGAUCACGAGGAAAAUGUCGGACGUAGGUCGCGGUGAAUGCGGCGGUUGCGGAGGCAAUUACUCCGUCGCGGUGGCCGUGGAAAGGGGUGAUGUUAGUGCGUUUGAUUUUGGUGCGAAGUUGCGGAGUGAUGACGAGGAUGCUGAUGAAUGGGUGAGGAGUGUAGUGAAUGAGUAUGGAGGAGGGCAUGCUUAUAGCGUUGUGGUGGUGAAUGAAGGGGGGGAAGUUAGGAGUGUGGUGGGGAAGUAUCGGCACGCGUGGAUUGUGGGAAGUGUAGAGGAGGAGGAGGCCGUGUUGCGUGUGGCUGAGAUCUUUGUUAAGGUUUUUGUUAAUGGAGGGGACGAGGAGGGUUUGGUUCGCAGUGAAUUUAUGCCUGUCGGUGCUGAUGGGAGGAUUGUUCUGUCUUUCAGUUUGCUCAAUGCAGACCCUCGAGAUUGGAUAUAUGAUUGGAAUUUUCGUGAAAUUGAUGAGACUUUCUUACAACCCGUGAUUGAGGCUUUACAACCCAUAGCAAACAUUAGCGUUGAAAGCCAGGUUUUAUACCAUACGCCAAAGUCUUCAUUUUCUUACUGGGAUGAUAAGCAUGGCAGCCACAUAUUUACAGCCAAGGAUCUUCCUUUCUUUGUUAAUUCAAAUGAGUGGCACUUAGAUACUUCUGUUGCAGCAGGAGGCAGGUCAAAAGUAUUGCAACUUGUGGUGUAUAUACCAUCUGCAAAGGAGUGUCCUCUUCAACUGAAGCUUCCAAAUGGAGAUAUCUCUAAAACUAAUGGCUUUAUAUCUCCGAUGUGGGGAGGUGUUGUUGUCUGGAAUCCCCAAAGCUGUAUAAAAGAUUUAGAAAGUAAUGAUCCAGUUAGAAAUACAAUUUCUCACCAGGAUCUCCAGAUGCUUUUUGAAGUUCUCAUGGGGCAGCUGCGGCAACUCCUUGGUCUUAAAUCUGAUAACCUUUAUGUUGGUGAGUCAGGCACAUCCAUUCUUCUGGGCAGUGAAAGGGGUUUCACAGAAUGGGAGUUGGAUGUUUUGUUUCGGAAGCAUAUAUGCUUUAAUCUUCUUUCGUGUGCUACAACACUUGGAUCGCUUUCUAGAUUGGUACAGUCAUUGCCAAGGAUGAUUAUCAUGGAUGAGAUUGGAAAACAGGUGAAGUUUUCUCUUGAGGCAGCAAAAUUUGCUCAAAGUAAUGCAUCUAUUGGAAUAUAUGAUGCUUCAGCUGUUUCAUCAAGGCAAUCAAGAUCUCUGGCCGAGGAUGCCUUUUUUCAUCCAUCAAUUAUGUCCAUAAGCUAUUAUUCGUUUGAGCAUUGUUUUGCCAUCUAUUCGCCAUUUUUUCUGCCAGUUAUUAUGCAUGUCCUCCUAGGUGCUUUACGAGAAUGGAAGAGGUACAAGCAAGAAAGUAGAAAGUACUUAGCAGCGAAGGCCAAAGAAAAAGUUUCAUAAUCCCCUUGGCCAGAGAUUAACACGAUGAAGGAGGUUUCCUGGUGGUUGGGCCUAUCAUUUGGUAAAGCACCUCAGUAAAGCCUCCUUCCUCUCUUCCCAAGAUCUUCUGAAUGUGAAUUUUGCUGAAAAUGACAAUAUUAACAUGAUACUUACGGGGUAUUUCACAUUAUUGGAGCAAAGUAAUGUUGGCACGGCGGCUUUUGGUUGUACCAUAGUUGAGUAGAUUGAGGGGGAAAAAAAGCAUUUUACUAAAAAAUCAUUACUAAUCUGUGAAAUCUGUCACAUAUUGUAUCUUUAAUCUACUGUGCACUUCAUAUUGUGAAUGAAAAACGACACCUUUGACUA